AUGUCCCCCAGAAUCACUCGCUCAGCUGCGAGACUUGCUGCAGACUCCCCCUCGUCCGCUGGCUCCGGCCCCUCCUCGAUUCCAGCCGCUGGUUCGGCCCCAACUCGAAAACGCAAGGCCCACGCACGCCGUGAUCCCCCCCUGGACGUUCCCGAAGAGACGAAUCCCCAAUCUCCAACCCGGAGGACCAAAAGACAGAGGCUCGCAUCUCCUCCUCAUCCAGCUAGCACUGUCUCCACCAGCCGACGUGGUACUCGAAAUCGGCCAGCAAUGUCGCAACAAGGUCCGUCAGCAAGCUCCCCGGAGGAAACCACGAAGAAGCAGUCCUCACCUCCGCCAUCGAGGCGAAAGUCCAGCAGACAUCGAGGAAAAGUAUCACAAGAUCGUCCCUCAGCCACGCAAUCCCCUCUUCCACGCCGACAGAAGAAGCGCUCGUCGAGAACGAAUUCGGAUGUGAUGAUGAAAGAGGCAGAGGAAGAGCUGGACAGUCAUGAGCGCACUGCAAGCCGGGAAUCUUCGCCGUCGAAUGAUAGUAAUGAUGGGACAACUCCCUCCGGUAUAGACGAUGAUGAUGAUGCAGAUCUGUUUCAUAACAGCCUCUUCGGUUCGCGAAGUCCGCUAGGGCUCCAGAGCACCCUUCGCGCACUCAGUGGCAUGAUGUCGGGCAUGUCCUCUCGACUGCGAGAGAUCCUAUGCAAUCUCAGAAUGAAAGAAGACCCUUCGAUUCAGUUGAUCGCAUUGCAAGAGCUGUCUGACCUUCUACUCGUAUCAAAUGAGGACAACCUUUCUGGCCAAUUUUCUCCAGAUCCCUACGUCAAGGAGUUGGUCACUUUGAUGCAACCUGACCAGGUCGGCGAAGAGAACCCCGAAAUCAUGCUGUUAGCCUGCCGCUGUUUGGCCAACCUGAUGGAAGCUUUACGAGGCUCAGUCGCCAAUGUAGUUUACGGGGGAGCAGUCCCCAUCUUAUGCCAGAAAUUGCUGGACAUCCAGUUUAUUGAUUUGGCUGAGCAAGCCCUUAGCACUUUGGCCAAAAUCUCGAUUGACUUCCCCGCUUCUAUCGUACGAGAGGGCGGCCUGACAGCAUGCUUAACUUAUCUAGAUUUCUUUCCCACAAGUACGCAACGUACGGCGGUGACAACUGCAGCCAAUUGUUGCCGAAACCUCCCUCAUGAUGCGUUUCCGGUUGUCCGAGAUGUUAUGCCCACGCUGCUAAAUGUUCUCUCGAGCAGCGACCAGAAAGUCGUGGAGCAGGGAUGUCUUUGUGUGUCACGAAUUGUUGAAAGUUUCAAGUACAAGCCAGAGAAGUUGGAGGAACUGAUUGAACCCGAAAUGCUGAGGGCUGUGCUCCGUCUGUUGUUGCCGGGAACGACAAAUCUUAUUGGACCUCAUAUUCAUACCCAGUUCCUUCGCGUCCUGGCGAUCACAUCUAAAGCGAGUCCUCGGCUGUCCGUGGAGCUCCUCAAAAUGCACGUGGUUGACACCAUCUAUCAAAUUUUAACCGGUGUUUCGCCGCCUGAGAACAUUGAAGCCACGGGGGUUAGGAUGGAUAGCGUUUUGGUCAUGCAAGCUCUUAUUCACCGUCCAAGAGAACAGGUCUUCGAAACUCUCAAUGUCAUUUGCGAAUUACUUCCUGAGGUUCCUUCGGGACGACAUGGCUAUUCAGCAGAUCGCGUGCUGACUUCCUCCAUCGAAGAUAGUGCAACCUUCGACGACAAGCACAUUCAAGGACAGGAAUCCGCAGAGAAAAGACGUUCCCUGUUGAUGGAAUGCAAGGCUGAGCUUAAACGUUUUGCCAUGAUCUUACUGCCCACUCUCACAGACGCUUAUUCUAGUACAGUCAAUCUUGGAGUUCGGCAAAAGGUCCUCAUCGCCCAGCUGAAAAUGUUGCACAACCUGGAUGCUGCAUUGAUAGAGGAAGCCCUACACUCGGUUCCAUAUGCGUCAUACCUGGCUGCUAUUCUUUCACAAAAAGACCAUCCGUCAUUGGUCUCAUUGGCUCUGCGAUGCGCAGAACUCCUCUUCAAGCGCCUCGAGCACGUGUAUCGGUACCAGUUCCAUCGGGAAGGCGUCAUCUCUGAGAUCUUCAAGCUGGCUGAAGCUCCUCUUUCCACUGAUAAACACUCGAGGGACUCCCGUGAUACGCCCGCCACUGUUCCUAUGGAUCUCUCAAGCGAUUCACCCCGUGAGCCGAAAUCGGUUGCAUCAGAAGAUGAUGGUUAUGAUGUCAGCGGUCGCCAUCAAGCCGACGACGAAGACAAUGACCAAGAUGAUGAUCGGGAUGAGGAGAACGAUGACAUUUCUGACUCGGAAAGCUCGUCCUCCUUCUCCGGUCACUACAAUACGACAAGGAUGGAAGAUGCUACCCAAGAUCUUGUCAUUCGCGAUGCGCGCGCAUUUGUCGAGCUCUAUGAAGCCAGUGAAGGAAAAGCCAUGCGAGAGCGUGCUCAACAGAUUCUAGAUGAAUUGCAAGGCCUCGCAGCAGAUAUAAGAAAUUGCUAUCUUGGCGACGGGGACGGCGAGGGACUCCCGCUUUUUAAGAAGUUAGCCUCAUACUUUGACGGAGAUGCGCUUGAAAGUAUCACCAGUGCUGAGUUGCUCAAUUCCGGAAUCACCAAGGUGCUCUUGGAUGUGUUUGGUGAUCUACAAUCUUCCUCCAUGCGCGACGCCCGUGCCGCGUUCCUACAAGCCUUUAUGGGUUCAACGAUCUCAGAGAAAGCCCAAAGCCAAAGUACCGCCACAACCCCAUUCAGCGUUUUGAUCCAGAAGCUACAAGAUUUGCUUAGUCGAACUGAGCAUUUCGAAGUUAUCACCGUCAGCCACAAUUCACUGGAAAAUACGCGUAUCAACGCCACCCACAUGCUAGGUAAACAACUCAGACUCAAAUUAGUGGCCGAUGAAGAUUCGGAUAUUCCUCGCCCCUACAGAAACAUUAUGGUCUCGAUUCACGCUAUCGCAACGUUCAAAUCCUUGGAUGAUUUUCUCCAUCCCAGGAUAAGCCUUUCGGAUCGCCCCAAGGCCUCACGCAGCCGUGAUACGAUUCUUUCGCAGAUCGCGAGUGCGGCACGACUCCGUGAACAGCUCGCUGGUGGGGGCGACUUUUCUAGCAGUGACCUGCCAAACCAAACGAGACCGUCAGGGAGUAAUAACCUGAUGUCUCGUCGCGAUGGAUCGAAAUCACGCGACAAAAAGUCCCCUGUUGGACACCGUGAUCUUGCAUCAAAAUCCAGGCAAGGCGGGCGGCAGUCGAGUGCUCCGGAAGACGAAUCAGAGCACGACGAUGAGCCAUUAGAAUGUGCCGAUGAGAGGCAUUUGAGCGCGGAUGAAGAAGAAGAGGACGAGGACGGUGAUGAGGAGCUCAAUGCCAUUGUCGACGAUUUGGAAGAUGACCUAUCAGACGACAACCAUCAUGACCCCACUGCCGUGAACAUGGAAGUGGCUUCUACAGGCAAGGUAACAGCUCGGAAGGAGGACGGAACUCGGGUGGCGACGCCGUCUCAGUCGACUCCCGCAUCCAAGUCGUCUUCGUCCGCCGCAAAUACGGGCGCCAAUACGACAGGAAACAACUCGCUGGCCACUGCUGGUCGGCCCUUCGCUUCCUACGCAGCCGCUAUGACCUCUAUCCCUCAAGAUUGGCACAUCGAGUUUAGCGUAGACGACAAGCCUGUCUCAAGUGACACCACAAUCUACCGUGCUGUCCACCACAAUCGUGAACACGCGGAUGCAGGGUCAAGGAAUGUGUGGUCUGCCAUUCACACCGUCAAAUUCAGACGGGUUCCAGGACCGCCGCCCCCGGAGCCUUCUACCGUUGCGCCCCACCUCGAAGAAGAAUUAUCCGGCAACGGUGCUGAGAUGCCAUCCUCUCUGAGCAAAGAUUCUAUCACAGCGCCGAUUCUACGGCUCCUUCGGUCUCUGCACGAGAUGAAUGUCACUCUAGAUGACAUACUUGCUGAUACCAAGGAGCUUGUAGCACUAAAACCGGAGCCGCUGGCGCAAUUUAUCAACACCAAGCUCACUGCCAAGCUGAACCGUCAGCUGGAGGAGCCACUCAUCGUGGCUAGCAGCUGCCUGCCUAGCUGGAGCGAAGAUCUAGCACGGCUUUUCCCCUUUCUAUUCCCGUUUGAAACCCGGCAUCUAUUUCUCCAGUCGACUGCUUUUGGCUACGCCCGAGCUAUGAUGAGAUGGCAAAAUUCCCAGAAUGCGGAUGACAGCCGGAGCGACCACCGACGUGAUGACAGACCAUUCCUGGGACGUCUCCAGCGACAAAAGGUACGGAUCUCCAGAAGUCGCAUCCUGGAGUCGGCCAUGAAGGUCAUGGAGCUCUAUGGUUCUUCCCCUAGCGUUCUCGAGGUGGAAUACUUCGAGGAAGUCGGAACGGGAUUGGGCCCGACUCUUGAGUUUUAUUCCACGGUCUCGAAGGAAUUUUCCAAGAAGAAGCUCAAGAUCUGGAGAGAAAACGACUGCCACAACGACGAAGAAUUUGCCUUUGGCAAGCGUGGCUUGUUCCCAGCCCCCAUGAGUGAGGAACAGGCCAACUCGGAGUCUGGAAAGAAACAACUGAGCUUGUUCAAAACGCUUGGAAAGUUCGUUGCUCGCUCGAUGCUAGACUCUAGAAUCAUCGAUAUCUCUUUCAACCCGGCCUUCUUCCGUAUUGCCGACAGCUCUUCCUCGGUGGCUCCGUCUCUGGGAACGGUUAAAGCCGUCGACCAAGACCUUGCAAACUCCCUUAUGCUGCUGAAGCGCUUCGCGAACGCGAAGAGGGCAAUCGAUCGCGAUCGGACUCUCUCGGCCGCAGCGAAGUCGCAAGCUUUGCAGAAUGUCGAAAUUGACGGCGUCAGAGUAGAGGACCUAAGUCUUGACUUCACUCUGCCUGGUUAUCCUUCAAUUGAACUAAUCGAUAACGGUUCUAACGUCCCUGUGACGAUUGAAAAUGUCGAUACGUACGUUGACCGAGUGGUCGACAUGACACUGGGUAGCGGCGUGCAACGUCAAGUGGAAGCGUUCCGGACUGGGUUCUCGCAGGUCUUCCCGUACUCUGCGCUUCGGACUUUCACCCCCAACGAGCUCGUCAUGCUUUUCGGAAGAGCUGAAGAAGAUUGGACUAUUGAGACUCUCAUGGACUCAAUCAAAGCCGAUCAUGGAUUUAAUAUGGACAGCAAGAGCGUUCGAAACUUACUGCAGACAAUGAGCGAGUUAGAUACCCAGCAACGGCGCGAUUUCCUCCAAUUUGUCACCGGCAGCCCGAAACUUCCUAUUGGAGGUUUCAAGAGUCUCACCCCUACCUUCACCGUUGUCUGUCGUCCCAGUGAACCUCCUUACACUCCCGAUGACUACCUUCCCAGCGUCAUGACGUGUGUGAACUACCUCAAAUUGCCAGACUACAGCAGCCUGGAGGUUCUUCGAGAGCGGCUGUCCGUUGCUAUUCGAGAGGGUCAGGGUGCCUUCCACCUGUCCUAA